GUCCAAUGGCAAUGCUGUAUGUAUAUGAUAAUGACCCGACUUAGGAGUGUGUCACUCUCACUCAAUCUAGAUUACAGUACCUACCAACCACUUAUAUUAAUUAACGCAACAAACUCUAUUCAACCCACAAUCACAAAUGGCCUCACCACUUCUUCUAAGACAGACUCUACUUCGCUCUUGUUUCCAUAACUACAAACACUUUACCAUCGGAGCAGUUACAGCGCGCCACCGUCUAUGGUGCAGCGCCGCCAUCACACCACCUUCGAAUAAACCAAACGAUAAACCUAACUACCUCAACAACACGUUAAAUCUCCGCCGAGAUAAUUACUCGUCGAUUAACCUUCAUUUUGAGAAUGAACCUGAUUACCGAAAAUGGAAGGAUAAGGAAAACGAGAUUCUCGACGAUAUUGAACCUAUCAUUUUGCUUACCAAGGAGAUUCUUCACUCGCCAAAGUAUAUGGAUGGAGGAAGAUUGACUGUGGAAGAUGAGAAAGCUGUAGUUGAGAAGCUCCUUGCUUAUCAUCCACACUCUGAAGAUAAGAUUGGAUGUGGUCUUGAAUCUAUUAUGGUUGACCGCCAUCCCCAAUUUCGACAGACAAGGUGUCUUUUUGUUGUAAGAACUGAUGGUGGCUGGAUUGAUUUCUCUUAUCAGAAAUGUCUUCGAGAAUACGUUAGAGAGAAGUACCCAGCUCAUGCUGAAAGGUUUAUUCGAGAACAUCUUAAGCGCGGGAGUAGUUGAUCUAUAUAUAGUGGAAUUCAUUUACUUUGGUAUGCAAAUAUUUGAUAUUGUGACUACUUUUCACAUUUAUCCCCCUCUUCCCACAGUUUUUAGGUGGCUUAUAUAGGUUGUCAAUUAUAGUAGAUAAUCAUUGACAGAACAUCAAGCUUGUUUUGAAGGGAAUGCAAAAUGAUUGAAGUGUACUUCACUUAGUAGACUUGUGGAACACUUUGGCGAUGAAGAAAUUGGUGAUUGGGUGGACUGGUAGGCAAUUUUGUUGCUCGACCACAUCUAUAUCAUAUGAAAUUUACUAAUAUUCGAUGUUC